AUGGUGAAUCUGAAUAUGCCACCUGAGGGUAGUCAGGAGGGGUCUAAUGUUGAAGUUCGUAAAGUUGACUUAAUGGAUGACGGUCUUGAAAGUCAUGACGGUUCUGCUAUCAGAGAUCCAAUGAUGGAGCAGUAUGAAGUCAACCACGAUGAUGGAGACGAUGUUGAUGAUGGUGAUGAGGAAGAAAAGAUGAACUACUACGGUGACACACAAAUCGCUCUGACACAGCCUGCCAUUUCUCGACCAUAUGACCGACCGGAUCAUAUCACGAGGUUGAAUCUCGAUGCAAUGACUUCGGAUUGGUCGUUACCCAGGGAGGCUCCGAAGAGGAUCCAAUCAAUGAGUUCCAGGGAAAUACAUGUAUGCAAGUACAAAUAUAGAUUGUACAUGAUUGUGGAUAAUUGGAGAUAUAUACUUUACUUCCAUUUCCCAUACCGCAAUUUAAGAUACACUGUCUUUGGCUGCUUCCUUAUAAAUGAAUCAUUCAUAGCUUGUUACAAAAUAUCAAAUGUUAUUAACCAUGGAAUUGAUGAAUCAGCAAUAAAUGAAGCCCUAAAAGCUGCAGAGGAGUUCUUCAACCUCCCUCAUGAUGAAAAGAUGUGUUUGUUUUCUGAUGAUGUUCAUAAGCCAGUAAGAUAUGGAACAAGCCUUAAUCAUGCUAGGGAUGAAGUUUUUUGUUGGAGAGAUUUCAUCAAACAUUAUUCUCAUCCCCUACCGGAUUGGAUUCAUUUGUGGCCUUCAAAUCCACCAAGUUAUAGGAAGAACAUGGGAAAUUAUGCUGAGGCAGUGCAAGAUCUUCAAAACAAACUAAUGGAGAUGAUUUUUGAGAGCCUAGGGUUAAACCCUAGCUACCUUGAAGAAGAAGUUAAUGGUGGAUCUCAACUCCUAGCUGUGAAUUGCUACCCAGCAUGCCCUGAACCCGAACUAACCCUAGGGAUCCACCCUCAUUCCGAUUAUGGAUCAAUAACUGUUCUACUCCAAACUCGAUCCGGGCUCGAAUUCAAGAACAAAAACAAUAAUUGGGAGGCAGUUCCCUUAGUCGAAGGUGGCCUAGUGGUGCAAUUGGGUGAUCAAAUGGAAGUUUUGAGCAAUGGAGUUUACAAGAGUGUGAUUCACCGAGCAACAGUGAAUGUGGAUAAGAAGAGGUUUUCAAUUGUGAGUCUUCAUAGUUUUGCAAUGGACAAGAAGAUAGGGCCAGCAAAAGAGCUUGUUGAUGAUAAUCAUCAUCAAUUACCAAAGUGUUACAAUGAAUUCAGCUUCAGGGAGUUUCUUCAAUUCAUUUCCAACAAUGAUAUUACAAAAGAAAGGUUCCUAGACACUUUGAAGAUCAUGAAAUAAUUAAACCAUAUAUAGAUUUUGGUAUGUAUGUUCUUUUUUUAGAGUUUGUUUGUGAUUUCAGAUUUUGGAGAUAAUGAAAGGAUUUGAAGAGUAAUUAAUAAGUUUUUCUAUCCUUUCAUUAUUUCUCCUUCUAAAUAUAUCUG